AACAGUAAUUUAAUUUCUGCAGCUUCAUUUUGCAGAAGACAGAGACAGAAACCAUGUCAAACAAGUACAAUUUGAAGUGGAACUCCCAUCAUGUGGAAACUUUUCAGAGCUUUGAAAAUCUCCGCCAUAGGGAGAUGUUUGUGGAUGUGACCCUGUCAUGCAAUGGGCAGUUUUUGAAAGCCCACAAACUGGUAUUGUGUGCAGGAAGUGGAUAUUUUGAGCGAGUCCUCAACAAGGAUGGAUCAGGGACACCUACUGUGCACUUCUAUGGUAUAGAAAUGCAUUUGCUUAAGCUUCUGGUGGAAUUCAUGUACUGUGGAGAAGUUGAAGUCCCAGCUGUAGAUCUUGAGAAAUUCAUUGAAGUUGCUGAAAACUUGGAAGUGAAGGGACUAAAAGGAGAUAAGUCUAAGAGUAGUGGAUCACAUGGUAUCAGUGGAACCACCAUCCCUGUGUCUGAUGUUCAUGAUGCUUUGGCUCACAAGAGGAAGAGUGCUGUCCAGGCAUGGUCAGGACUUGGUGAUUCACAGCCUUCUCCUGCCAAAAUACGUAGGCCUUAUGCUUCUCUGCCACAACUUAGGCCCCAAUUUACAGGACCAAAUUCUCAGCAAAAGGAGACUUCACUGGUGCCAUCAAAAUCGCAAGUCCAACAGACUCAGCCUGAAUCGAGUAUGAGCUCAUCAAUCGAGGAAGUGUUGGUGAAGGAUGAGGGAGAAGAAGAUAUAAAUGAUGACCUUGAUGUGAUGGAUCCAGCUUCAGUAGCUGCUGAUGAUGGUCAUUGGGAUGAGCAAUCCCAAGGAGAGGAAAUGGAAGGAAAUUUUGGGGAGGGAAUUGAAAUGGAGCCUGACAUGCCGAAGCAUAUACCUCCAGAAGUUGAUCCUCAGGCGGUCUCAGAGCUCCACGUGAUCCCGCCAAAACAGUCCGUCAACACAACUUAUUAUCUGGAGAACAUCCUCCAAAAGUCCUGCCUUGAUGCCCUUAACAGGACGGCAAGGGGAGGAUCGAUUUUGGAGCGUCGCAUGGUUGAGAAAAGCUUGUUGGAAGUCAACAUUGCUCCAAAAGUGGCCCAACAGUAUCAUGACACCUGGCAUACUUCAUGA